AUGUACUCUCACGCUCAGAUUGUGAGAUGCGCGCCUCUGCUUAGGGUUGCUGGUCGCGAAAAUAACCUCCUCUCUCGCCAUGCUCUCCAACGGUCAUUGAAACCAUUACAUGGACUCAGACACUCAUCAAGCAGUGUACAACGAUUGUCUCGCUUCUGGAUUCCUACCGUUGGUGCAGAGCGAGCUCGAGAUGCCAAAGACGAAUCUCAUGAGUUGCUCAUCAGGGCUGGCUAUGUGCGACAAGCCCACGCGGGCAUCUUCCACAUGCUGCCACUAGGCAAUCGCGUACAGCAAAAGCUUGAAGGCCUGAUUGAUAAACACAUGGAAACUAUAGGUGCUGCUAAAGUGUCACUUUCUACCAUAUCAUCGGAAGAGCUUUGGAAGAAGACUGGCAGAUUUGUAGGCCAUGGCGGCGAAUUGUUCGGCUUCCACGACAGAAAAGAUGCAAAGUUCUUGCUUUCACCAACCCACGAGGAAGAAAUUACAUCUCUAGUUGCCAGUACAGUACAGUCCUACAAAGACCUCCCGCUUCGCUUGUAUCAGAUUGGUCGUAAAUUCAGAGACGAGGCACGUCCACGACAGGGUCUUCUCCGCGGUCGAGAGUUUACCAUGAAAGACCUUUACACAUUCGACAUCACUGAGCAACAAGCCAGAGAAACGUACGAAGAAGUUCGCCUAGCAUACAGAGCAUUCCUGGAUGAACUCAGAUUGCCAUACCUUGUGGCCGAAGCAGACUCUGGAAACAUUGGUGGCACUCUGAGCCACGAAUACCAUUUCGUCUCGGCAAAGGGCGAAGACAACGUUAUUAGCUGCGGCUCAUGUGACUACACGAUCAACGACGAACUUGCCAUUACAUCAGUAGAUCAAUCGGAGCAAGUAUCCGUUGAGCACAAGAAGCAUCUGCAACGCUGGAUCGGAAUCACCAAGGACAGAAAGAACCUGGUCAUGGCAUGGUUCCCCAACACUUCCCAACAGCCCUCAGGGGACGAAGUUAAAAAUGAGGUCAACCCGAACGUCAUCAAAGCUUUGGUUCCAGACAUCGACCUGUCUGUAGAGAACCCAAUCGAGAUCUGGGACAAAACCAACCCGAGGCAAGAAGACGGCUCUCGCCCUGACGCUCAGAUCAUUGAAAUCAAUGACGAACGCCUACCUUUGGGCGGCGAUGCGGGAGCCAAGAGAGCAGAGAUACAGCAAAAGUUGAUGCCUCGCGAAGUACUCAAAGCCGGCGGCGCAUUCAGCAGCAUACAAUUUCAGCUCCGACCAAGAAAGGACAACAAGACCAUGCAGCUCACGCGCACACUGACAGGCGACCCAUGUCAAAAGUGCGGUGAUGGUAAGGUCAAGGUCGACCGUGCCAUUGAAGUCGGACAUACAUUCCACCUGGGCACACGAUACAGCAAGCCACUCGAGGCAACAUUUGUCGACAGCAACGACCGUCGUGUGACGAUUGAGAUGGGUUGUCACGGCAUCGGUGUAUCGCGUCUUGUUGGAGCGAUUGCGUCAAUGUUGUCGGAUACCAAGGGUUUGAACUGGCCUGCAGCAAUCGCACCCUUCCAGGCCGUUGUGAUCCCUGGCAAAGGCAACGAGUCGGAUGCGGAGGAUGUGGCACGAAAGCUCAACUCCGUGGCCGACACAGUCAUCGACGACCGCCAGAAAUCAAUUGGCUGGAAGCUGAACGAUGCUGAUCUAGUCGGCUACCCCCUCAUCGUCGUGCUGGGUCGUUCUUGGAAGGCCGAAGGCAAGGCCGAGGUACAAUGCCGCAGACUGGGCAUCAAAGAGGAAGUUCAAUGCAGUCUUGAAGCCUCAAGCACCCUGGAGCAGAAGAUUCAAAAGUUGCUGCAGCAGCUGUAG